ACUAAUGCGAAUGGUUGGAAAUUCUUUAAAUGGCGAGGGUGUAUUGUUAAUACUGACAUAGCCGAGAAUCUGUUUUUUUUUUAUAUCUUAGAGCUUAGACGUCUGUGAAAUGGAAACUGAAACAAGUCCGGCGCCACGGGCGAAACGACAGAAGAUGGACAGGCACGGGCGUGCGUCGGCGUUCGAGAAGCUCAAGAAGCUGAAAGGCAGCAAGCACAAGUACGAGAUCUCCAACGUCGACAACGUGUACGAGGAAGUGGACGAGAGAGAGUACUCGGAGAAAGUGCUGGCUCGUCAAGAUGACGAUUGGAUCGUGGAUGAUGACGGCUGCGGGUACGUGGAGGACGGCCGGGACAUCUUUGACGACGACCUGGAUGACGAGAGCAUCAGCUCCGCGUCAAAGAAGAAAGGAAGGGAGGGGAGGAGCAGCAACAAAGCUCGCGCUGGGAGCAAGAUUGCGGACGACUCCGGGACGCCAGGAAACAAGUCGAUCAGGAGCAUGUUUGCGAACAUGCCGAUUAAGAAGAAGGAGGUGAAGCCCGUGAAGCUGGAGGAUGACGACGUGCUAGGGGACAUCAUGCAGGAGCUGCAGGGCGGCAGAGUGGGUCCGGCCGAGGGCGGCGGGCCCCGCCAGUCGCCUCCGCGGAAACGGGAGCUCUCCCCGAGUAGUUAUCUCAAAACUCUAGCGACUACACCAAUAAGGCCAAAACCAGCUGUCAUUACGCCUGUCCGCCCAAAAUCUGAAGUUACCACGCCAGUACGCCUGAAACCAGUUGUCACGCCAAGAAGCAUUGUAGUAGACCUACAACCAAUGGAAGAUGAUGAUUCAUUUAUUAUUGAGUCUACUCCAUCGUGUAUUGAAAAGUCUGAAGAAAGUGUGCUGAAUUCUGAAUCACCAAUAAUUGAAACUGUCAUAUCAGAUGAUGAAUUCAUGGAUACUGCAGCAUGUGAUAAGUUGGAUAUGGCUAUCGAAGAGUUUCACUCGCAGCAAGAAGCAGCACCAAUACUCAAGGAUGAAGUAUGUGCAAGCACUGUGGACCCUUCCUCUGAUCACAUGCAUAAUGGAGUUAAGGCCGAAGAGGACAAGCUGCUGUGUGGCUGGGAGAGCAUGCAGGACGCCACGUCUCGCAGCAACGACCACGCCUUGUCGGGCGACGUGGCUGUGGACAGGUCCCGCCUGCCCCUCACCACCACGGAGUCCGGAGAAGAGGUUUUUCGUUUCUACUGGUGGGAUGCGUUUGAAGAUUAUUUCAAAAUGCCAGGAGUGGUAUUCCUGUUCGGUAAGGUGUGGAUUGAGUCUGCUAAGGCUUACGUCAGCUGCUGUGUUACCGUCAAGAAUAUCGAGAGGAAUGUCUUCUUACUUCCCAGAGAAGAGCACUAUGACCUGGAGAAAAAAAUGUCUAAUGGCAAAGAAGUUUCAAUUCUGGACGUGUAUAACGAAUUUGAUAAGAUCUGCCCAAAAUACAAUAUCUUGGAGUUCAAGUCUCGCAAGGUGGAACGCAGCUAUGUAUUUGAUGUGCCAAAUGUUCCAGUAACUUCAGAAUACUUGGAAGUGCGCUACUCUGCCAGCAUGCCGGCCCUGCCGUCGAACCUCGAGGGGGAGACCUUCAGCCACGUUUUCGGGACGACCACCGGCGCGCUGGAGGCCCUGCUGCUCGGCAGGAAGAUCAGGGGCCCCGGCUGGCUGGACGUGAAGGCGCCGGAGGCCGUGGCCAACCCCCUCAGCUGGUGCAAGAUAGAGGUGGCUACGUUCAAGCCUGAGAAUGUGUGCGUCAGCGCCCUGAACCCGCCGCCCCCCGCCCCUCCCCUGGUGGUGGCCGCGCUGAACAUCCGCACCGCCGUGAACCAGAAGACCUCCCUGAGCGAGGUGGUGAUGAUUGGCUGCCUGGUGCACCACCAGUUCCCCGUCGACAGGGCCCCGCCACAGCCGCCCUUCCAGCAGCACUUCUGCGCGUUCACGAGGCCGUCCGACCAGCCGUGGCCGUACGACGUGCGCGCGGCCACCGCCGGCUUCAAGGCCACGAGGCUGGAGAGGAGCGACUCGGAGCGCGGCCUGCUGGGCUUCUUCCUGGCCAAGCUGUUCAAGGUGGACCCCGACCUGAUCGUGGGCCACGACGUGUGCGGCUACGGCCUGGACGUCCUGGUGCACAGGCUGCUCGCCAACAAGAUCCCCCAGUGGUCCAGGCUGGGGCGGCUGCGCAGGGGCAAUCCCGCGGUAAAGCAUCAAGUUGAGAGGAACAGUACUUGCGGUCGUCUUCUGUGUGAUGUGAAAAUUUCAGCAAAGGAAUUGAUACGUGCUCGUAGCUAUGAUCUUGGAACACUUUGCCAGAAUGUCCUAGGUUUGCCAGAAGGAGAGAGAGUGGACUUCACGAUGGAUGAGGUGAAGAAGAUGUACAAAUCGUCUGAGACUCUGAUCCGUUUGAUCUCAACAACCAUGCAGGAUGCUGCGUACGCAAUGCGACUGAUGUGUGAGAUGAACGUCUUGCCUCUCGCCUUGCAGAUCACAAACAUAGCAGGUAACGUGAUGUCGCGCACGCUGAUGGGCGGCAGGUCGGAGAGAAACGAGUUUCUGCUCUUGCACGCCUUCACGGAGAAGGGGUUCAUAGCACCGGACAAGCAGUACAAGAAAGCUGUCGUGCAGCAGGACUUGGACGAGGAGGAUGAGAACGUGCCGAGCCACGGCGGGAAGGGCUCCAGGAGGCAGAAGGCGGGACGCGGGCGCAGGAAACCGGCGUACGCGGGGGGCAUGGUCCUGGAGCCGAAGAAGGGCUUCUACGACAAGAUGAUCCUGCUGAUGGACUUCAACUCGCUGUACCCCAGCAUCAUCCAGGAAUACAACAUCUGCUUCACCACGGUCCCUCAGGCCGCGGCGGCUAUAGACGAGGGGGAAGAGGAGCCAGACCUCGCGCUGCCGGAGGCGGGGAGCGAGCCGGGAGUGCUCCCCACGGAGAUCAGGAAGCUGGUCGAGAGCAGGCGGGAAGUGAAGAAGCUGAUGAACUCCCCUGACACGCCCCGUGACCUCAAGCUGCAGUACAAUAUCCGUCAAAUGGCCUUGAAAUUGACAGCCAACAGCAUGUAUGGCUGUUUGGGUUUCUCCCAUUCUAGGUUCUAUGCCAAGCCCUUGGCUGCACUGGUAACAGCUAAAGGCAGAGAAAUUUUGAUGAAUACCAAAGAUUUAGUGGAAAAACUGAGCUAUGAAGUUAUCUAUGGAGACACUGAUUCCCUCAUGAUCAACACAAACUGUGUUGAUUAUGAUCAGGUCUUCAAAAUUGGGCAUAAGAUCAAGACGGAAGUGAACAGGAUGUACCGCCAAGUGGAGCUGGACAUUGACGGUGUGUUCAAGUACAUGCUGCUGCUGAAGAAAAAGAAGUACGCAGCGGUCACCGUGACGCGGCUGCCGAGCGGGCAGUUUGUCACCCAGCAGGAAGUGAAGGGGCUGGACAUUGUGCGCCGGGACUGGUCUCAGCUGUCCGCGGAAGCGGGAAAGUAUGUGCUCAAGCAACUCCUGUCCGACCUGGGACCGGACGAGCGUUUCGAGAACAUUCAGGCCCACCUGAUGAAGCUUCGGGAUGACCUUGAGAACGGCCUGGUCCCUUUGCCUCUCCUCACAAUCACCAAGCAGCUGACGAAGAACGCGGAGGAUUACGCGGACAAGAAGUCGAUGCCGCACGUCCAGGUGGCGCUAAGGAUCAACUCGAAGGGUGGGAAGAAAAUACGUCAAGGGGACACCGUGGAGUACAUAAUAUGUGAGGACGGCGGCAACCUGCCGGCAAUGCAGAGGGCGUACCACGUGGACGAGCUGAAGGCAAGCGAGAACUUGAAGGUGGACUUCCAGUACUACCUGGCCCAGCAGAUCCACCCUGUCGUGUCGCGGCUGUGCGAGCCGAUAGAUGGCUUGGACUCCGCCCGGAUAGCGGAGUGUCUCGGGCUUGAUCCUGCUGCUUACCGUCGUUCGCAACAAAAUUACCAGAAUGAUGAUCAGGAUGUAACACUUGGUGAAAAAACAUGUUUAUCUGAGGAUGAACGCUACAAGCACUGUGAUAGGUUCAAGUUUAUGUGCAUGAAUGAAAAUUGUAAAGAAGAGAUAACUAUUCAAGGUGUCAUCAGAAAGUCUGAUGGCGUGGAGAUGCCGUCGCUGGAGAGGUGCACCAACACCCAGUGCUCCGUCAGCCCGGUCCAGUACCUGCCCAGCAUCCAGAACAAGCUGAUGCUGACCAUCAGGGCGUACGUACACAAGUACUACCAGAACUGGCUGAUCUGCGAGGACCCUGCGUGCACAAACAGGACGCGUCGCCUUCCCGUCCGCUUCUCCAGGAACUACCCCAUCUGCAGCUUGUGCAAGAAGGGUGUCAUGUUCAAAGAGUACACAGAAAGUCAGCUGUAUACACAGCUCAGUUUCUUCGUUUAUAUAUUCGACACAAGCAAAAUUCCAGAAAAAAGGAACCUGAAGAUGUCGCAGCAGUUGGAGGAAGCGUACCUGUCCCUCAGGAAGCAGGCGGAGGGCAUCCUGAAGCACAGUGCCUACUCCGUGGUGGACCUCAGCGACUUGUUCGGACAGCUGAUGCUACCCGCGAGAUCGACCGCCUUGGCCAGGGUGCAGGUUGUCAGGCCCAAGCCAGAAGACAAGCUCGAGUGAGGACCAGUCCGGUCGUGCACGUGCGUGACUUUUGUUCAAAUUAUGUUUUAGGAAUAUUUCAUUACUUGUAGGUAUCAUAUUUAACCUGUAAUAAUUUAUUGAAACUGAUUUUUUUUUUACAAGGAACUUUUGUUGCGUACUUUUGUUGUUUAAUAUUUAAUGAGAUUUUUUUCAGUGGAAACGAGUGUUCAAAUAUUAGAUCUGGACGGGAUUCCGAUUUUUGGGGAAAAAACGGGAAUGAAUUUUUCCCGAAAAAAAAUUUACAGGCAUUUAAUUUACCAUUUGAAACAUGCAAUUAACAGUCAUUUCACUACCGUCGCAAAACCGUAGUGGAAAAUAUCUUGCUCACAAUUGAAAAUACAGACUAUUUAACAUUUUAAAAAGUCGAACAUGUAAAAAAAAUUUUCAUAUUGGGAAAAGAAGUAAAAGUAAACAACAUGAACAGAAAUGACUUUAGCUAUUAUAUUAUUGACAAAAUAUGAAGUUAAAUUGAUAUUAUGAUCAAUCUGCCACUAUGUUUACACAGUAAUUGCUGCAGUUAUUUGCUGCAAAUUAUCCUUUUUCUGAAACUUCACACUUAUUAUAAAAUUAAAUGAAUUUACCUUUAUUUUGCAAUUUGUGAAAAUUAUCUGCUUCUAUCAAUUUAUAAUCAUUAGUUAUACAAUAAAAAUCACACAGUUUUUACUCUGUAUCAGUAUACAAAUUUUUGAAAUUUGUGGACUCAAAUAAUUCCCAAUCCUAUUCUGUUUCCCCACAAUAUUUUUUUAAAACAGUUGUCUAUCUGCAUGCCAUAAAACUUCUGAAACUGCUUAUGUUGCAUUUUCUCAAUUUGUGAUUGGAGGCUAAAUUAACGGUUGCAUAUUUUUGUUUACAUUACAAAUGUUAUUUGUGCUUUCGAUAUUCUGGCCACCAGUUUGUGUUAAGUGCUGAUAAUAAUUUUGAUUUGUUUUGGAAACAAAAUGUUACCAAAUUUCAUAAGUAAUAAAAUGAUGAAAGGAGUAUGUGGUGCAGUUUCUGCAUAAUUUGUUUUGAUUACUAUACUUCAAUCUUAUCUAGUUUGCUGGAAAGUUUUAUCUGUUUGCGGGAAAGUUUUAUCUUUCUUUUUUUUUUUUUUAGUUUCACAAAACACUUUCUAAAGAAACUUUUACUGUAAUGCUUGCUGAAAUGAUCUAAGACUAAAGAAGUUGUGUGGGUUUUAUAAUUUUAAGUUAUGAUGUACUGGAACAUUUUAUAUAUUUAUAUAUUUUAUUUUUGUAAAUAUUAUGAAAAUAUGUUUUUACGAUUUGUAAAUAUUUUGUACCGUGUAAAUGUAAAUAAAAUGAUGUGAGAUUGUGAAUAUGGUCUUGUUUUUCCACCCAUUUCUCAUUUCAAAUUGCUGCUACAGUCUGCCUAUUUUCUGACAUAAAAGAUAAGAAUUUUAUGCAUGUUUGAAGGGAGUUGUCAUACUUGACGGUACCUAUGUUGUUGCUGGGCAUGGAUUAUGCGCACUUGGUGGGUAUUAGGCUGCUUUUGCACUUAGUUAAUGAUUUAAAGAAUAUUUUGUCUAUUUUUAGAGUUAACUACCUGAAGCUUGGUUUUUUAUCAUUGUAUCCAAAUUUUACACCCUCCAUGUGUUCUCUUGUAUACUUGAGGACAUGAUUUUAUGGUUUUAUUUUUAGGUAAAUUUCGUUUUAGAGAACAAGAUUUCUGUGUUAUUGUUUUUAUUUUUGUGCCUUGUCUUUACUCACAGAAGUAGUGUAUUGUUCAGUAAUAUAAAAUUAUUACUUAUUUUGCUAAAAUAGUCACAUUUUGACUCACACAAUAGACUUAUACAAUAAACUCAUUAGCAAUAAUCAUGUUGAGAACAAAACUACGCACAAAAAUAAAAAUAAAUCUUCUAAUAUUUGUAUGUUUGAAAAAUAAGUCUUCGUUAAUGUAAAAAUGUGUUUUUAAAAUGUAAUUUAAGAUCAAUGUAAUAUUAAUUUUUUUCCAAUUGGCCAUGUACACUGCAAAAACUGUUAUGUUAUUUGUAAAACCUUAAAUUAUUAUCUACAACUUUUGUUUGAAAUUAUUUGUUAGGUAUAUGACCAACCAUUACUGCAGGAGUAGAAUAAACAGGGAUUGGAGGACAAAAAAAUUUCAUAACUCCCUUAAUAGAUGCACUAUCAGAUCCAUUCAAAUUGUUUGUAAACCUUAUUAAUAUUAUCAAAAUUUUUAUCUGAAAUAAUUUUUUAUAUAUAUCCAACAGGGUGGAUAAAGAGGGGUUAUAAACAAAAAUACAUUGUUUGUAUAUCUUAAAAAUUUUUAUCUAAAACUUUUGUCUGAAACAAUUUUUGAUAAUACAAACCAUUACUGCAAGGAGUUGAAUAAACCUGGGAUUGAAAUAAGAUAAUAAAUCAAACUUCCCUGCUAUGUACUCUAUCAAAUUUUUGUUUAUUUUUGUUUAACAUGUUAAAAUUGUUGAAAACUUUUGUCUAAAGUAAGUGUUUUAUCACAAAUCAUCACUGCAAGGGAUGGAAAUAACAAGGGUAGUAAAACAAAAAAUCUCAUUUAUUUUAUUAACAGAUAUUUUGUCAACUCCAUUAUAAUUUAUUGUAACACUCCUAAACAUUUUUGAAAAACUUUACUGAAACAAUUUUUGAUGAAACAAACUGUUACUGUAAAAACAGGGGUUGGAAUUUAAAAAAAAAAAUAAAAAUUUCUGUGUAUAAAA